AUGGACGGUUUACCACACUCGACCACUACUUCGCAACCGCCGACAGCUGCUAUUGGUAUUCCUGGCGCCAGAGAGAUUGAGAUCAACAAGUGGUCUGACAUGAACCCUCUGGAGCGAUGGAAGCACUCGCCCCCCCAGAACGAACCUGCUCCCUUCAAUGCUAUCGCCGACGCUUUGGGCCGCCGAGAUUUGCCUGAUUAUGCAGAGGAACCAAGCUCCACAUCGACCUUUGGUUGGCAAGGUCUUGAGUCGAGUCAGGACGACUCGUCGUUCUCUCACAACAGGGCAGGCUCCGUAACGUCCCAAGAAAAGUCUACGUCCAACUCAGCUGCAUCAUCUGCGGCAUGUCUCAACGGCAGAAAAGAACGACGACGUCGUCGAAAGAUGCCUGGUCCUGUUUUGAAGAAGCCAUCGAACGACAAGAAUGUCAAGAAAGACAGAAUCUUCCAAUGCACAUUCUGCACAGAUGACUUUACGACAAAGUACGAUUGGCAAAGGCAUGAAAAGACACUGCACCUGUCUUUGGAGAAGUAUAUAUGCUGUCCGCUAGGGCCCGAGACUUUGGACCCCGCCACAGGCCGUACUGUCUGCUCUUACUGCCAUGCACCAGAGCCAACAAAAGAUCACAUCGAGUCUCACAACCACCGCCAAUGCCUUGACAAGGGAUUCGCGGGAAGAACGUUCUAUCGCAAGGAUCAUUUGCGACAACAUCUCCGACUUGUGCACGAAAUGAAACUUCUGCCUCAUAUGGAAGACUGGAAGACAACUCUAACAAAUGUCAACAGCAGAUGUGGUUUUUGCACUAAGAGAUUCAGCGUAUGGUCGGAGCGCAAUGAUCAUUUGGCAGCACAUUUCAAAGACGGGGCUAAGAUGAGUGACUGGAAAGGCUGUCGAGGCUUCGAUCCAGCGAUCGCCGCUCUUGUCAACAGCGCCAUGCCGCCCUACCUAAUCGGACUCGAGGGAACCUCAGUCAACCCGUAUUCUGCCACAUCCCCCAUGAAGUGCAUGACACUCCAGACACAUCUCGAUGCUGGAGGCGCCCCGACCACAUGCUGGGAAAUAUUGACCGUACGGCUUGGAAAAUUUGCAAAAGAGCAGACGGAUAAAGGCGUCAUCUUGACCGAUGAAAUGCUUCAGAAACAGGCACGACGCAUCUUGUACGACUCCGAUGAUGCCUGGGACAACACUGCAGCUGACAGCCCCGAAUGGCUUGACUUGUUCAAGAGAGCCCACGCGCUAGACUAUAUUCCAACC